AUGUCAGAAAGUUAAACUGAAUUCUUAUAAAGGUAAGUAAUCAACUUAACUAAAGAAAAUCAUCUGUUAAAAGAAGAUAACUUGGCAUUCCGUCAUUUUUAAAAUAAUAGAGUAAAGGAAUUGAAAUCAUACCUUAGAGAUGUUCAAAUAUAGAUUUCUAAAUAUAUUGCGUGA